UGUUACUCUGACAUAUUUCAAUGUGCGUUAACAUUACUAGAUCAAGUGGUUAGUGUCUCCGUCAUGCUGCCUGGUUCGUGCCGAGAUCUGUCCUGACGUUACGGCACCGUGGGACUAUUCUCGGAGGGCUCAUUGAUAAACUGGCUCUAUCGGACGUUGUUGAAGUCAGUGCCUGGUGUACGCGAUAAGGUCCAGCAGUGCGAUAACUUUCAUUGAGUUCUCCUCCCAUUAAUACACAGAUUUUGUCUGUAUUUGCGUUGACUCGUGACCUACUGAUAUGCCACACACUAAUAAAGCAAAUCUGGUCAAGUUACCUCCCCCACAGACAGGGAAACUAAGUCACUUCAGCAUUGAACUCAUUUUUGAAGAUGUGCUGAAUGAAGCCAGGUCCAAGUGUGGAAACCCCAAGGCUGCCUUGAAAGUGUUCCUGGAGUGUAAAUCAGAAAAUGGUGAAUGGGAAAAAGUAUAUUCAGGAUUGUCCAAAUCAUUUAUACACACUGGACUUCAAUCUAACAAGUCCUACAGCUAUCGUGUAAAAGUUGACAGUAGUUCGAUCAAAAGUGACUGGAGUGCAAUAACAACCAUCAAAACACUAGCCGCCCCCUUCACAGGAGAUGAUCUGCAUCAAGCAAUAAGGCGAGGAAAUAUAGAAAAAGUCAAAGAAAUUCUUGCCUCAGGUGACGUACAUCCCGAUGUUCAAGAUGAAAAAGAUUUCAGUGCUUUGGUUGUGGCUGGUCUACAGGAAAAGUUUGAUAUUAUGGAGCUGUUAGUACAACAUGGAGCUGAUGUCAAUAGAAAAGACGCAAGCGGUAAAACGCCGUUGAUCCAUGCCGCUAGCAGAGACUUGUUGGAGACAGUCAAAUGGCUGUGUGCCCACGGGGCAGAAGCCAAAAUGUUAGACAAAUCAGGCAUGGCUGCCAUCCACCACGCCGUGGAUGGUGGCUUCGUCAAAGUGGUAGAGUGGAUGCUGGAUAACUCAGACAAGUAUGGAUUCGAUAUUGAACAGAUAGAGACCACCAGUGGAAUGACACCUUUAAAUAGAUGCUCCAACAUGACACCGGAUGCUAAAGCUUACGAACUGGCAGCAAGUCUUCAAUUAAGGGGAGCUAACAUGUCAUCGAAAGCCUAUAAUAACUUCACUCCCUUGUUGAAUGCUAUCAUCCGUAGAAAGCCAAAACUCGUAGAAUUUUUCUUGGCACGAGGAGCAGAUAUAUACGAAAAGAAUGAGAAUGGACAGACACCUUAUGAAAUUGCACAAAGUGUCGGCAAUGCUCAAAUCCUAAGAGCCUUUGAGGAUAAAAUCCAACAACUCAGUCUUCUGCCCAAACCAAAAAGGAAAGCAACCCCCAACCAGGAAGUGGAGGUCUCAUGAGGCAGUACAGAAAAGUGUGGAACAAUGGACAUUCAGCAUGCUCCUAACUCUUCUUAGACAAUCUGUACACACUUCUACAUGCUCACUAGUUGUCAUUGUAUUUUAUAUUUAAAUCUUUUCAACAAUGGCUUUAAAAAUAGAAACCAAAUGAAAAAUAAAAGUCCAUUGUCAAUUAGAAGGCAACUUUACAAUGAAACAUUCAAAAGUCAUUUACAAAUUGAAUGAGAGGUUAUCAACUAACUUUUUUUUUUCAUUAUAAAACAAAAGCUAUACUAUUAAUAUAUGUAAAAAAGAAUGUUAAUAUUUGUUUUUAUCAAUGUCUCAUUUUUUAAAUACUUUUUUUGUUUUUAGUGUGUUCAAUGUGUCAAAUUGUUAUGACACAAUCUAGAAAUUAUUUCUUAUGCACCUGUCAGUUAAUAUUUGAAAUUAUGAAUAGAACAGCUCUUCAAUAGACCUCUAUUCUUUAGAUUGAACUAAUUAUAUUUCUACUUUUCUAAAUCUAAUGUGCUUGAAAAUAAAUACUUAAUUUAUUUUUUUGUUUAACUCCGUCCAUUAUUUCUAAAAAUAAAUUGUAUUAACAACACUGUCCUUGACAUUGUAUGUAUCUUUUUAAAAAGUAACUGUAGCCUGAAAGUGAACGAUGAAAAGCAACAAAUAAAUGCUUGCAAACAUUUAA